AAACAGAGGGCCAGCCAGGGCUGAGAUUUGAGAGGCAGAGAUGGCGGCGAAGGGUGGCGGACACGGCGGCGGCGGAAACGGAGGGAGGGGGAGAUCGUACGCGCUGCUGCUGAUGCUGGCGUUUGGAGCUGCCAUUCUCGGGGUUAUGAUCCUUCACAAGUUCAGAGAGAGGCGCAUCUUCAACCUUCUGGUUCAGGAGAAAGACCGCCAGCUCCUCUCCCUUCACCUCCUUUUGCAGAAAGAAAAAGACAGUUCGAAAGAUGCCAAAAAGCAAAUUGAUGACAUGAGAGGAAAAAUUCAUAAGCUACGGACUAAGAAGGCGGAUCUUGAAGCAAGAAUCCAAGAGAUGGAUUCCACCAUCUCUUCCCUCAAAGAAGAACAGAGAACCAUAUCAUCCUCCCUGGAGGAGAAACAGAAGCAGAUCAAUGCACUUAUGGAUUACAAGCGAGGGGAGAGUCGAGAAUCUGCCAGGUUAACAGCUUUGUCCGAAGCCCUCCAAAAGAAAGCAGCCGAAAUCGACGAACUGAAGCGGCGGGUCAACUUCCCAGUCAAGGUCUGGUCAGUCAGAUCCGAUGAUCGGUCAAACCUGCCAGUUAAUUUCACAUCCAAAGCGUCUGGAGUAGAAAUUGGAAAUGAUAACAGAAACAGAAAAGAUGCAGAAACCUCAGUGCAGACACAGGAUAGGGUGCAAGAGGGAAAGAAUGAAACUAGUGAUUCGCAACAGGUUUCCGGCAGCAGGACCACCUCCACCGUUGUAGAAAGCUAUCAGUCAAGAGAAGACGGGGUUAACUCCGAUACCAUAGGAAGAAAACUACGGGGGAAGAGGAGGAGGAUAAUAAGUUAUAAGAACCUAAAAUCUGAAAAUGGGGUUAAGAGUAUGAGGAGUCGGAAAUCAUUUACAGAUAGUGAAUCAGCAGACGUAAGAAAGAAAAGUAAUCUGCAGACGUUACCUGAUAAUUCAACACUUGAGGGAGAUGACAAAUUACUUAACAAACUUGGAGACCAGAAACCAGAAGAGAUAGCUAACACCACAAGGAGAAACAAGGACCGAAGGAACAAAACUUACACAAGCAUGACAGAAAAGAGGGCAAAAGAAGAUGUUCAAGAAACAGCAAUGGAAGAAGACACUUAUAGAAAGUCAAACUCCGGCACAGAUGACAUUGGAUUUUAGACUGCUUUAUGUCAUUACCCAUUGUUAAACAAUUUCAUGUUUUUUUGCUAUCACAGCUUCUCUAAAGAUCAGUUUAAUUGCUUCGACAUCUAAGUUCUUAACUCUUAAGUAAUUUCUAGCAGAUAGACUUUCUUAGAAGUUCAUUUGGACUUUUGGAGUAUGUUUGAAUAUCAGAAAGCAGUUUUCUUAAA